AUGGUUGAUGGGGUGCCUCCUGAAGUGCUCGAACAGCUCUUCCUUGAAAUCGAUAAUCCAUAUGAUGUGUUCAAUUUACGUGCUGUAUGUAAACAAUGGCAUACUGUAAUAACAAAUGAACGUUUUCUCAAUAUCUACUUUAAAAACCGUUUUGGCAUCAAAUCAAGACAACAACUUGAAUGGGUCAAAUAUUGUAAUAGAUAUUAUUCAUAUUUAACACUUCCAGAUUGUAAUCGUCGUUAUCAAGUUCCUACACGCUUACAAGGAACUGGUAGUGUUGUAUUAAACAAUAUGCAUCGUACUUAUACAGCUUCUUUUCCUCGAUUUCCUUUUCCUUUCUACAAUCAUGAUUAUUCAAUUGGCAUGUGGCUUCAACUUACAUCAGGCUUCGAACAAUUGUCAUUUGAAAUAAGAUUUAAUGAUUUUUCACUUGAAUUUUGUCUCAGUGAAAAAUCGUUACGAGUUCAAUGUUCGCAUAUGGGUGGUCUUGAAGCCGAAACACAUAUCAAAGUACCUUUUCAUCGUUGGUUUCAUAUUGUACUAACAUAUUCGUCAGUGUUUGUAUUCUACAUCAAUGGAUAUGCUUAUCCAUUAAUCUGCAAUGCAGGACCACUGUGUAAACAAGAGAUGAUUAAACGUACAACAGAUAUAGAUAAAAAUAAAUAUUUAAUUUUGUCUCACGACGGUUAUCCCAAGUUUGGAAUAAUAAGCAGAUUUGCUGAUAUUCAAGUUUUACCAUGUGCUUUAACUCGAUGCGAAAUUAAAGCUAUCGUUGAACAAAAGACUUGUAUUGGACAACUGGAUAUGAGUCGAUAUUUACUCGAACAUUGGACUAGUAUGCAUUGGUAUUCAAAAUAUUUACCCAACUGCAUUCUUUUCUAA